AUGACCGUCCAAACGAAAGGCGCCACGAAGGCGUCGUCGUGUCCACACCGUGUCCUUCUCCGCACCGCACCGGAAUCGGAUGAAGCGCUCGGCAACAACGCGAUCGUCAUGAUCGCUCGUCGUCGUCAUCGGCGUGCGUCUGCCGAACGCGAGGCGCACUGCUCGACGGUCCGCUCGUCGACCACGCUCAUCUUCUUCAUCGCCAUCGUCGUGUCGGCGAACGUUCUGGGCAUUUUGUCGAUCGACUCCGAGCACCCGGGUCCGUUCGCACAGUUCACCGGCGCUCAGCCCACCUUCCACAUGUGCUUGUGCAUCGUUCUGCACCUCGUCACUCUGGCCACCGGACUCUCGCGCACCGUCGUCGGAUGUCGUGUCGCCAUGGCCAUCGCCGUGAGUUUAAAGGACCAGGGAACCCAAAAAUUUUUUGAUUUUUUUGUGAAAUUUUUUUGUGACUGUUUUAAUUGUCUCUUAUUGCCUCAUACACUGGUGAAAUGCUGCCUCUCAAAAAUGCCAAUGGCCGAAAAAUAUAUAAAAAAAUAUAUAAGGCACUUCAUAUCGACUGAAUGAAAACAAUUUUUUAGCAGUGAAAAAAUAAGUAAGUGCCGAACAAAUGUCAAUCAACUGAAAAAUGGGAGAAACCGUGAAUUUUUGGAAAAAAACCGGUAAAAAAGCGGAAAAAAUAAAAUGGCCGAGAAGCGCAUAUUUCUAGGCCAUUGGCGCUAGGCCACGGUCACAACUUCAACUGCAUGCCGUUUCGUUCAUUGGCAUUUUUGAGAGGCAGCAUUUCACCAGUGUAUGAGGCAAUAAGAGACAAUUCAAACAGUCACAAAAACAUUUCACAAAAAAAUCACAAAAUUUUUGGGUUCCUUGGUCCUUUAAAAGUUUCCACACACACACACACACAAGCAAACGGACCAUCGAUUUUAGUGGCUCUUCUUCCUCUUCUCUGUCGCUCUCAUGCUGUUCACACCGGCGUUUGUGGGAAGCUACGUGGCGAGUGGCGUGGCGCCACGUGACAACUCGACCACCGUCCGUCAUCUCGACACCGCCACCGAGCGCUUCUAUCAGGGAUUCGCGUUGGCGCUCGGCGGACAGUGCAUGAUGUUCCUCGUGUUGUUGGGUGAGUCCGGGCGCUGAAAUUAGACCAAUCACACGUUUGUUUUUGGUAUUGUGCAUUCGGGAGACGUUUCGCAACUGUCCUCGACCAUUUUCAGGUGCGAUCUUCCAAAUGACGGUAGUCGCGGAGCUGCUCCGUGAGGCGCACCACCUCGAAGACACUCAAAUAUUCGCCGCCCACGCCGCACACGCUCACGCAAACUGCUCCGACGAAGAAUCCUUCAUUCCGCCGCCCAUCUGA